AUGACCAGGCUGGGGGUUGGCGGGGCGGUGCAGGACAGGGAUGGCGACGGGGAUAGGGACGGGGAUGGGGACACCGCGGGGCUGCGGCGCUUCACCUGGGAGGAGAUCGGGCAGCGGAACGGGCGGGGGCCGGCCCCGCAGGAGCGCUGGCUGGUGAUCGACAGGAAGGUGUACGACAUCAGCCACUUCUGCCGGAGGCACCCGGGAGGGGCCCGGCUGCUCGUCAGCCACGCCGGGCAGGACGCCACGGAUGCCUUUGUGGCAUUCCAUGUUGACAAGGUGCUGGUGAGCAAGUACUUGAAGCCACUGCAGAUUGGGGAGCUGGCACCAGACCAACCCAGUAUUGAGCCCACUAAAAAUGAAAUGCUGGUGAAAGAUUUCCGGGAAUUGCGUGAUACUGUCGAGAAAACGGGACUUAUGGAGCCAAAUCAGCUUUUCUUCUUCCUGCACCUCGCUCACAUCCUGCUGCUGGAUUCUGCUGCCUGGCUCAUUCUCUUCUACUUUGGGACAUCCUUAAUGCCUUUUGUUGUCUCCCUGCUCGUGUUGACAAUUUCCCAGGUCCAGGCUUCGUGGCUACAACAUGAUUUAGGACACCUUUCAGUAUUCAGGAAGACCAAGUGGAACCACUUGCUGCACAAGUUUGUGAUGUGCCACUUGAUUGGGGCAUCAGCCAAUUGGUGGACUCUUCUGCACUCCCAGCACCACUCCAAACCCAACUGCUUCCAUAAAGACCCUGACAUCGAUAUGCACCCUUUCCUGUUCACUUUGGGGAAGAAACUCUCAGUGGAGCUUGGGAUCAAAAAGAAGAAGUACAUGCCCUACAAUCACCAACACAAAUACUUCUUCAUCACUCUUCCUCCACUCCUGUUUCCCACCUACUUCCACUGGCAUACAUUCUACAUUGCUUACACAAAAAGGUAUUGGGUGGACUUGGCCUGGAUGGUGACCUUCUAUAUCAGAUUCUUUUAUAUUUAUGGAUCAUUAUUAGAAAUAAAGAGUGUCCUGGCAUAUUAUUUUAUAUUCAGGAUGCUGGAGAGCAGCUGGUUUGUCUGGGUUUCCCAGAUGAACCACAUCCCUAUGGAUAUUUACUAUGACAAGAACCUGGACUGGGUGUCUACGCAGCUCCAGGCAACGUGUAAUGUUGAGCAGUCACUUUUCAAUGACUGGUUCACUGGGCAUCUGAACUUCCAGAUUGAACAUCACCUGUUCCCCACAAUGCCAAGACACAACUACUGGAAGGUGGCCCCUCUGGUGAAGUCCCUGUGUGCCAAGCACGGCCUGGAGUAUCAGUGCAAGCCCCUGCUCACGGCCUUUGCAGACAUCGUGCAUUCCCUGAAAAGCUCAGGAGAGCUCUGGCUCGACGCCUACCUGCACAAAUAAGAAGCCAAGGAUUGGUGGUGCCAUUCAGAACCUGCCAUGUCUGCAUUCCCAGCAGAGCUGAGGAGCAGGGAUCACAAGGGACUCUCUUGAGUCUCAAGAGAAUGAAUAAGAACUGAAGGAUACCAUUCCAAUAGGGAUGAAGCCGCCUGAAUUUUACUUCUGGUCUUUCCUGGGGUUUUGGUUCAGAUCUGUUAAGAGUGGGGAGGGCAAGCAGAAGGUGAAUUGUUAGAACAGGGAGAAGCUCUUUGCUAAAUAUGUCUGAGCAUUUCUGAGUCUGAGCACGGGCUCAAGUCAGACUUUGGACUGGUGCAGAUGCACACACCUCACUUCAUGUCAGAGUCCUCUGACCAUGUUUCCUUAGGUUCUCCUCACGUGGAAGGUUUAAUGUUUAAUACAAUAUUUGCUUAUUUGAAGUUACUUGAAAUUGCAAUUUGAAUUUGUUCCAGCAAUGUGGUUAAAUCAUAAUAAGUUAUAACAAACUACAGAUCACAGUUGAAUAAAUAAAUGUAAAAAACAAUUAAUUGACAAAUUAAUAAAUAAAUGUAAAUGUGUUUCCA